AUGGCGUCCGUUCCUCCGCGAAGUGGCGGCCUUCCCGCUGCUGCGGCCGCCGUUUUGCGCCGUGCGACGCUUGAGAGUGCUCCGGUGGGCUCCUCGUCUGGCAGAACCCGGUUGAAGGGAUCUGCGCAGCCUUUCCCGGUCACUUCUUCGCAUCCGCUCAAAACUCUGAAGGUGUCUUCGCUUUUUUUCGGAGAGAGUCUAGCCGCUUGUCCGCUGUUUUCCCCCGGGACCCGUCAGUCUCAGCAGACUGAGGGGCUUCGCCUUCUCGCGCAGAAGCGCUUCGUGUCCUCUAGCUCGAAGGAUCCGCGAGAUGUGAUGAAUACCUCGUCUAUGGCGGGCAUCCAGAGCAGUUUGAGCACGCCGGCAACCGGAGAGACUUCGCCGGCGUCCUCGUCCAGUUCCAGCGGCGCCGAAAGCAUCCUUGCUGGCAGAUCAACCCCCACAUCGGGGAAACGCGACUUCACAGGCACAAUCGGCAGUCGCACGCCGAUGAGACUAGAUACCACCGGGUCGCAGACUGGAGACGACCGCCACGGCACGACCGAGGAGAAGCAUGAGCAGCCACUCUCGAAGCGGACUGCGAGGACCCUUGAGGGCUCAGACAAAGAUGCGAACUUCACGAUUUCGUCUUUGGCGUCUAACCCCGAGGAGAACGCGGCUGAGGAAGCCAUGUCGAUGCUGUACGCCAACAAGGAAGGCGACAACUUCCCGGGGAGCAUCGGCACCGGCACAGCGACGACUGCGAAGCAAGCGGCGAAGGCGGCAGAAGAGAUUCGCGCGGGCGCCGGCCCCGGCGCAGGUCCUGACUGGGAUGUCAAGCCGCCAGGCCUGCUUCGCAAACUCGCGAAUUACGGAAUCCUCGCCACGGGCGCUGGCCUCAUUCUCUGGGGUCUGGGCGGCGGCGCGUACCUGUUCGCCCGUGACAGCGAGCCCGCGAACGUAACUUGGAAUUUCUUAAAAGACGAUCCGCGAGUGGCUGAGGCUAUGGGAAAGGACUUCGAGCGCGAAGCGUGGUGGGGCGGCUACGAGCGCCCGGACAGUGCACGUGUGAAGCUGCGGCUCAAGGGCAAAGAUGGUCAGCGCGGCAUCGCGGUGUGCGAUCUCUCGCGCGAGUCUGGAAAGGGCCCCUGGAAGAUCAUGGUGUUGAACUUCAUGCGCGUGGACGACAAACCAGACUUGAUGCAGUCGGGAAAGUCGGAGAAGGAACAUGUGGAGGACGUCAUGCGCUCUGCCAUCGCCCUGCACCCGCCGCAGCCUGACCGCAAGAAGCAAGCGGAACAGUUCUCAUCUGGCAUGUCGAUUGACUACGCGGCGCUGAUGAAGUCGAAGAGCGACCGCCCGUGGGAGGAGCUGGAAGAGGCUGAGAAGGACGCGUCGAGCGGUUCGCCGCACUCAGGCGUCCUGCUGGGCGGCCGCGGUCGGAAGAGCGGCGACGCGCAGCCGAAAGCCGACGCGCAGCCAAAGGCGAACGCGGCUGAGCGCGACCUGCAGAAGAAGGAAGAGCAUGUUCAAAAGGAGUAUGAGAAGCAAGAGGCGGGAAAGAAGCGUCAGCAGGAGGAAGAAGAGGAAAAGAAGAAGAGCCAGAGCUCGCACCAGCAAACCACUGGCCGUGGCGGCGCGCCGACGCAGAUCGCGAUCGCCGGCAAAGAGACUGCGGACGGCAUCGUGGGCCGUGGAGUCGAGAAACCGAAGAUCCCCGAGUUGACAAGUCGCGAUUUUGAGAGCAAAUACGCGCAGAAAGACCCUGCUGAAAAGGUGCAUGUGCUUGUCAAGGGCGAACUCGAAAGCAACCAGAAACCAGAGCAGCGGCGCAGCUAG